CACAAAUCCAAAAACCGUUGCCGUUUGGCAGCAAGCGAGUAAGACAGCGUCCAGAUAGUAUGUGCAUUUCCCCACCACCACUGCCACCCACAACCCCUUCUCACACACAGUCACACUGACGCCUUCGUCUUCGUCUUCGUGUACCAACACAGCAUCAUGGACAGCAACACCCCUGACAGCCACCUGAACAGCGACUUCUGGGACCCUGAACCCGACCCAAUUGAUCAGCAUGAUGAUGGCCACCACAGCGGCGGGAUGAUGCAGCCCACAGAACCCGCGGUGUCUGAGACGGAUGUGCACCUUGAUCACGCAGCUUCGCCCUCACCCUCAUUGACAGCAGCCUCCGACCAGCCGACAGAUCUUGGCGAGGUUGUGGAGGAGCUCGAGGGCAAGCGGAGUGUGACCACUCAGACCCAGCGGCUGCCGUUCCUGCCACCACUUCGCAAGCUGCGGAAGCCGCAAGCGGCAAGCAAGGAAAACAGUGAGCCCAGGAGGCGGAUCACGGCAAACCCCUUCGACCCCAACCCGCGCAAGCGGCCGCGCAACCACUACACGCAGAUGCAGAAGGACCUCGUCAUCCAGGCUGGCGAAAGCAGCAGCGCCGACGCUCGCCGCAUUGGAGCCCUCUUUGGCAUGCCUCCGGCAACCGUCAAGACCGUGCUUUACCACGCAAGGCGGAAAGAACAAGGACUGGAAGAAGCGCAUGCGACGCCAGCAAGCAGCUCCACAGCACCACAGCGCCAGCGGGGGAAGAAGGCAGGUACGCCCAGGAGGCUUUUCCCUGAGGACGAGGAAGUCCUGAGGGAGCUCGUCUACGAGCACUGCACGAUGACCGCAGACCAGCUUGCAGACCACAUGAACCUUGAAAAGCUCCGCCGAAUCAUGAUCAGCCUGGAGGAGCAGCUGCCCGCAGAGCAACGGUUGCGGGACGAGGAGAAGGUCUUCCUUGGGCCACUAGACCGUGACAAGUGCCUUGAGAACCCUGCGGUGAAGGAGGUGUAUGACAAGACGCACAUUGAAGGCACCCGCAGCGUGUAUCGCGCGCUGAAGCGAAACAUCUUCACCCUAAAGCGAGUGGUUCCAGCUCGAACGACAAUGAACAGCGAGGCUAACAAGCAGAAGCGGCUGGCGUUUGCGAAGGAGCUGCACGACCUGCUCCUGGACGACAACGUGUACAUCGUCUACAUCGACGAGAUGCCGUUUUACCUCGCGAGCGGCAGAAACUAUGGAUGGGCGCCGCGUGGUGAUCGCGCCGUGCACGAGGUGCUGCCCAUGAGUACCAUGUCCUAUCGCACACAAGUGGCCAUGGCAGUCUCGCACAUGCACGGGCUUCUUUACGGCAAGCUCUACCCACCAGAGAUGCAAAACACCGGCGGAGAUGGGCAGAAGAAGACCAAGAAGGCCCUCAAGGCCAGCUACACGCAGGACCACUUCAAAGACUUCCUCAACAACCUUCUCCACACCCUCUGGCACAAGCGCCAAAACCUUCAACUCAGUGGAACAAAAAUCGUGUUUCUCAUCGACAGCGCGCCCGAGCACGGAAAGCGAGCGACGGAGGCUGCCACGCAGAUGCUGCAGGCCUGCGACAGCUUCCACCUAUGGCAUGAGUGGAUUGCGACCGGUCGGUGCAGCAUGACCGUCAAGUUUAUUUCCCCCGUAUCGCCCACGCUGAAUUUGACUGAGUUCUACAACAGAUCGUUGCGGCAGAGGGCGAAUCACCUCCGCAAGACCCCAGACUUCAUUGGCAAGCUGGAGUCCAAAGACAUUCCGCGAGGGCAGGUGCAGAAGACGCGUGUGAAGGUGCUGUGCGACAUCAUCAAGCGGGCAAUGGCUGAUCUGCAGCGCACUGCUCUCAAGCGGGCAAGCGAGGCGAGAAUGCUGGAGGAAGUGCUUCACGUCAUUCAGCUCAACGGGUUUCUCGACAAGCACUGGCGACCAGUGCAGCUGAGAAACAACAAGGCUCAUUCAACAGAGCUUGCCGACAGCAUGGAUGGUGAUGGUGGUGAUGAUGAUGAUGGUGAUGAUGAUGAUGAUAACAGGCACCCCACCGACGUUGAUGUUGCUCAAGAGGAUCACUCUGCCAAUGACGUCGACCAAGACGACGAUGAUGCCGAUGAUGAAUGACACACACACACACACACACACACACACACACACACACGCACACGCACACGCACACGCACACGCACACGCACACACGCACGCACACACGCGCGUUCACGAGUCACUGUUGUGCGAGUUCCUUUCCCUGCGUUGUUCCCGACACCAUGUUUGUGCUUGCGUUCGCUUGCUGCCAAACGGCAACGGUUUUUGGAUUUGUGGCGGGGAAAAAUAUGGCGCGCUGGUUCUUGUUGUGGCAAUGACGAAAUCUUAAACUGAGUGGCACACCUCGACGCAAUCAAUGGUGGUUCUUGGUGCAACUGCACGGGGCGUUCUUAUUGUUUGGCAUCUCGUUGCAGAAUGUGUGGUUUUGACCAAUGUGGCUUGCUUCUUGUUGCUGUUCUUCUGUGCUCCCCCUCCUCUUUUGCUUUGCUUGCUUGGCUUCUUGGCCGAAGGUCAUUGCCUUACACCAGCACACCAGCACCACCAUCCACUGCCUCAUCCACCCACCUCGUGCGCGUACA